UUUUUUUUUUUUUUUUCUCUUUUCAGGCAUAUGCACUACGCAAGACGUGGAUUUGUUCCUUAAACACAUGAACAACGCGAGAUACCUUCGUGAAUUGGAUUUCGCGCGUUUCCAUUACUACGAUCGAUCUGGAAUAUAUUCGGCGAUCGUGACGAAAGGUGGGAGCGCGGUGCAAGGAGCAUCGUGGACCCGAUACCGUCGAGCUAUUCCUAUUUUCACUCUGUAUAAGGUGACCACGAAGCUGAUUUAUUGGGACGAUAAGAAUUUCUACUUGGAGCACGAAUUUAUUAGUUUGACGGACGGUUUCAUUCGCGCGGUCAUUCUCAGCAAACAAACGGCAACAGGUUUGAAAGUUCCAGUCUCGGAAAUAAUAGCUGAAGUCGAGCCGAACGCGCAACGUCCCGAAAUAACCAAAGAUUUAGAACUAUGGUUGAACUCUAUGGAAGUAUCUUCUCAGAAAUACAAGAAACAAAGAUGAACGAAAGCGAUCCUCGUUUUUUUUUUUACUUUUUAUUUCAUUGUUAUUUUAUUAUUAUUUACAAUAUUGUUGGUCCGUAAAUACCUCGAGCAAAAGUUUGGAAUUAAUACAGUUGGAAUAAUUUUUU